AGGCUUGUGCAACCUCCCCAAUUGCAGAGGGCGCAAAAAUGUAAAGCCCAAGCUGCAAGACAUAAGAUCUUGAAUUGGACUAGGCCCAUAUUAAAGAAAUGAAGCAUUGAGUAUCCGCUAUAAUUUAAAAAAAAAAAAAGGAAAAGCCGAUAAAGAGAGCGAGAGACUCGCUGCCGAUCGACGUCGCCGACGCCAUCUCUCCGGCGUCACUCUUCAGAGGGAUAGAUAUAACUCAAGACUCGAGAGAGCUUCCUGCAAAUUCAACCUCCACCAGUAGCGUAUAAUAAUCCUAGAAAGUAAUUUCGGGAUCGGCCUUCAACUAAAAAAAGGUCCAGAAGGCAAUGAAUCAGGCGAAGUUGAGGCGGAGAGGUAGGGCGGCAGUAGUGGUUCUCGGGGAUAUCGGCCGCAGUCCUCGGAUGCAAUACCAUGCUCUUUCUCUAGCUCGCCAGGCUCAUCUAGAGGUGGAUAUUGUCGCCUAUGGAGGCUCUGACCCCCAUUGUGCUGUUUUAGAGCAUCCUUCUAUUCACAUUCAUAGAAUGAAAAUGUGGCCAUCAAUCCCUCAAUCUUUACCCAAAAUACUACGUCCUUUUAUGCUUAUCCUCAAGGCAUUGGUUCAGUUUGUGACACUUUUCUGGUAUCUAUGUGUCAAAAUUCCUGCUCCCGAUGUAUUCAUAGUGCAGAAUCCCCCUUCUGUUCCUACAUUGGUUGCUGUAAAUUGGGCAAGCUGGUUUAGAAAUUCUGCAUUCAUAAUAGAUUGGCAUAAUUUUGGAUACACACUCCUUGCAUUGUCCCUUGGCCGGAACAGCCUAUUUGUCAGUCUUUAUCAUUGGAUCGAAAAGCAUUAUGGGAGAAUGGCAAAUGGGUCAUUGUGUGUGACAAAGGCAAUGCAGCAUGAACUGGCUCAAAAUUGGAGUAUAAGUGCCACUGUUCUGUAUGAUCACUCUCCUGAAUUCUUUCGACCGGCAUCUCUUGAGGAGAAACAUAAGUUGUUUUGUAGGAUUAGUAAAAGCCUAAGCCAGCCCUAUGGCCGCCAUGACUGUCUAACCUAUGAAAUACUGGGGACGGACAAUGUUGAUUCCAGUACAACACCUUUUACAGAUCUGGUUGGAAAUGAUAUAUACUUUAAGCAAAACAGACCAGCCCUCAUAGUAAGCAGUACAAGCUGGACCCCAGAUGAGGAUUUCGGAAUCCUCUUGGAAGCGGCUGUCAUGUAUGAUAGACGGGUUGCUGCGAUUCUUAAUGAGGAUGACUCACACGGGGAGGACCUUGUUUGGGAGGAAAUUAGGAACGGGAAACAAUUUUUGUACCCAAGGUUGUUAUUCAUUAUUACUGGCAAAGGACCUGAAAAAGAAAAAUAUGAGCAAAAGAUCAUAAAACUGAAUCUCAAGCGUGUAGCUUUUCGUACAAUGUGGCUUCCAGCAGAGGACUAUCCGGUGCUUCUUGGAUCAGCCGAUCUUGGAGUUUGCCUUCACACUUCUUCUUCGGGUUUGGAUCUUCCAAUGAAGGUUGUGGAUAUGUUUGGGUGUGGAUUGCCAGUUUGUGCCGUAUCCUACUCUUGCAUCAAGGAGCUUGUACAAGUUGAACAGAAUGGGUUGUUGUUUUCUACUUCAUCGGAACUAGCGGAUGAGCUCAUGAUGCUAUUCAAGGGCUUCCCCGAGGAAUGCAACAUGUUGAAAUCUUUGAGGAACGGGGUGCUAGAAAAAGGAUCGUGUGCAAAAUGGGAUUUUGGAUGGGAAGAGAAUGCCAUGCCCUUAAUAAACCAGGAAAGUGCAAUUCUCUCUCCCCAGGGCUCUUAUUUAUUUACUUCCUUAACUCUGUCAUCUCUCAGAGACAUGGCUGAAAUGUUGGCAUAAAGAAAUGACCUUAUGGCCAGGUGAGAUUUCAUCAGUUAAAGACAAAUCUAAAUCCUUGAUUUCUUUUUUAUAUGCCCUUGUCUAAAUCUACAUAAUAUAUAUAAUUUUGUAAUGGGGUUGGGACUUAUAGUUUAUUUAUUUGGUCAUUGGGAUUGCUAGACAUUUUAUUACUAAAUAUCUGAGUGAAUU